AUGGAGCCCCGGUCCGAAACAGCGAGCGGCGAGCAUUCGCCCAAAAGCAAGCUACAAGACGAAGAAGAGUCGCCGUCGCUACCUGAGGUGCCCGAGGUGCUAGAAGCUGGACCCCAAGCAAACGGAAUUAAAGUUGCCGACAAGACACCGGAGUCAGAUAAUGUCGCGAGUGGCAGAACCUCCAAAACACCCGAUUCACCUGACUUGCCUGCCGUCUUUGAUUGGGACGACUUUGAGAGGCGGUACGAAGACGCACUGGAGCAGGCAGACGCACGUGAGAAGGAGAUCCUGAAAGAGGCAGAGGAGCUGUCUAGACAUGAGCUUAGUGCCUUUUUCGAAUCUCAUUUCUCAGACCCGGCUGUCGCCCAUUUUGAGGGUACAUUUGUGAAGCCUUCGGCUGUCGACGCCACUAAUCAUCAGGAAGAUGAUUGGGCAGAAGAAGAGCAAGAUGAUCUAGGCUACUAUAAUGAUGGCGUCAAGCGGACUUUAACAAAUGCUCAAAUAGAGAUGUUCCGACAUUCGGAACUCAAAACUCUCCGUCGACAACUGGAGAAGGAUGCCGCAAAAGCAAAGAACCAGACAAAUAGCACAGCUGCUGAGGAUACGGAUGUUCGGACAGACUCGACGCAGCUGAAGGAGGCAGAUCUGCCAACAAAUUUCAGAAGCAGCAAAAAGCGAAAGAAGACCCGGAAGCCAGCUGAGCCGAAGCCGGAUCUACGCAAGCGAACGUGGGAUGUGGUCGACAAGGGCUUGGACUCGCUCGAGUACGAUUGA